AUGCCACCGCCACGGGGUGACGUGACCGCCUUGUUCCUGGGGCCUCCGGGCUGUGGCAAGUCCGCGCUGAUUGCAGCGCUGUGCGGCGGGAAUGUGGAGACGAUAGAGAUUCCCGAGGGACGGCCGGACUCCGGGAUCCCCAGCCUGCGAGCUGCCGGCCCUGGCCUUUUCCUGGGCGAGCUGAGCUGUCCACCCGCAGCGCCAGGGCCCUGGGCGGCGGAGGCCAAUGUGCUGGUAUUGGUGCUGCCCGGCCCCGAGGGGAACGGGGAGCCCUUAGCCCCAGCGCUGGGAGAGGCAGCGCGGGCCGCCCUGGCGGGAGGGACCCCGUUGCUGGCUGUGCGGAACCUCCGUCCUGGAGAUUCGGAAAAUGAAGCUCAGGCCCGGGAUGAGACAGAGGCCCUGCUGAACAGCGCAGGGUUGGGGGCCGCGGCUCUCUUCGUGCUGCCGGCCGACUGCGGCAGCGGAGAUGGCUGCAAGGAAUUGGAGCGCCUGCGGGUGGCGCUGCGGAGCCAGGCGGAGGUGCUGCAAAGGCUCCUUCCACCCGCUCAGGAUGGCUUCGAGGUACUGGGUGCGGCAGAGCUGGAGGCUGUGCGUGAGGCCUUUGAGACCGGUGGCUUGGAGGCGGCGCUGUCGUGGGUUCGCGCUGGCCUGGAACGCCUGGGCAGCGCGCAACUGGACCUGGCUGUGACCGGCAAGGCUGAUGCGAGCCUUGUGCUGAACAUGCUACUUGGGUUGGAUCCCACUGACCCAGAUGACAAGCCUGUUUUCACGCCCCCGGGGCCCACGCCCUACCCCGCCCCAGAGCGUCCCAACGUGGUGCUCUGGAACGUGCCUCUGGGCUCCGCGGGCACUGCUGCCGCCCCCCAUCCAACCCAUUACGACGCCCUCAUCCUUGUCACCCCGGGGGCCCCUACUGAGAAGGACUGGGCUGAGGUUCGGCCCUUCGUGCUGCCAGAUGCGCCGCUGGUCUGCGUGCGAACAGACGGUGAGGGCGAGGAUCCAGAGUACCCGGAGGAAGAGGAGAAGGCAGAGAAGCCCAGCUCCGAGAGCUCAGAGAACGCAGGCGGAGAGGGGUUGAAGAAUGCACGCAGUGAGGGAAGGGGGAGCCGUGGCACUGGAUUGCAGAAAGGUAGCGGGGAAGAGUCCGAGAAAGCAGGCAGCGGGGAAGGUUCAGAGAAGGCAGGCAGUGAGAGUUUGCCGCGUGUUGGCGGCGGCGCGAAGAAAUCGGGCACUGGGGACUCAGAGCGUGCGGCCGCACUGAGCCCGGAGGAUGAGACAUGGGAGGUGCUGGAGGAGGCACCGCCGCCCGUGUUCCCCCUGCGGCCUGGCGGCCUCCCCGGGCUCUGCGAGUGGCUGCGGCGCGCGCUCCCCCCGGCCCAGGCGGGGGCGCUGCUGCUGGCGCUGCCACCCGCGUCUCCCCACGGGGCCCGGAUGAAGGCUGCGGCGCUGCGGGCCGGGGCGUGGCGGCCGGCUCUGCUGGCUAGCCUGGCGGCGGCGGCGGCCCCAGUACCAGGGCUAGGCUGGGCGUGCGACGUGGCGCUGCUGCGGGGCCAGCUGGCGGAGUGGCGGCGGGCGCUGGGGCUCGAACCCGCGGCGCUGGCUCGACGCGAGCGCGCGCUAGGCUUGGCUCCCGGGGAGCUGGCAGAGCGGACGCGCUUCCCGGGCCCGGUGACGCGCGCCGAGGUGGAGGCGAGGCUGGGCGCGUGGGCGGGCGAGGGCACUGCGGGGGGUGCGGCGCUGGGCGCCCUUUCCUUCCUGUGGCCGGCGGGCGGGGCGGCGGCCACCGGCGGCCUGGGUUACCGCGCCGCGCACGGUGUCCUGCUGCAGGCCCUCGACGAGAUGCAGGCCGAUGCCGAGGCGGUGCUGGCACCCCAUUGGCCCGCGCAGUGA